AAAGCCAUCAAGUUGAAGAUUGCAAUAAUUGUUAGAAGUCUCUAUCCCGACUUAAUACCGGGACCGGGAGGCAGUAAAAGAUUUAUUCUGGUUUUUUCUUUCAUUGCAACAAGCUACAUUUACAAUGAUGACGACUUUGACGACCGACGACAACGAUCGCGACGGGAAGAACGACUUAACUCUAGCUCCAGGGCAAAAGGAGUGUCGCACACCAUUCACGUUGGAUUUUCUGACUUUUUUGCUUUGCUGAAUUUUUAUUACCUGCAAACAACCAUAUCAACACCAAAACCAAAUGAAAAUUGGAAAGGUGAAGAGGGACAAAAAGGUGCUAACACGUUGUUUACACUUUGAGCGGUGGGGUGGAGUGUGUUCGUUGUGUGCGCGCGCAAUAAUCUCUGAACUCAACUCCUUUUAGGACCUGUGCGCUGCGUCAAUCGAUUGUGACGCUAGACAACAAGUAACACACAUACCCAGACAAACCUAUACUCUUUAUUGCCUUGCGAAGCUCAAGACAGGCAUUUAAACGUCAAAACAGAGAGAGCCCAGAGUUAACUCUGUGUCUUGUCUUUACCCCCACGUGAAUGUGCAUUUUUCUAUGGAACUGGAGCAAUAUUGCAACUAGCAAACGACCUGGUCUCUUUGAUAAUCGUAUAAAAGUCGAUCGGCUAAUUGACCAGAAUCGUAGUCCACCUCAGGAGUUUUGUGAAUUAACAACAUCAAUAAAACAGUUCAGCGCCUUUCAGCCGCAAGGAAAUUCAUAAAAAAAUAUCAAAAAAUCAUCUCAAAAUGUUUAACUUCUUUGCAUUAAUUGUGAUUGUCGGAGUUGCCAGUGCCAUUGAAUUACCACUUCUUCCCCAUGGACCAGGACCUCUCCUAUCGCAUGGACCUCUGCUCUCACAUGGUCCCCUCAUCCAUGCUGCUCCAGCUUUAAUUGCCAAGCCACUCAUUAAGACCAUCGAAGUUGAAUCGCCAGCCCAUUACGACUUCUCGUACUCAGUCCGCGAUGACCACACUGGAGACAUCAAAAGUCAGACCGAAUCUCGCAAGGGAGACGUUGUCCAUGGUCAAUACAGCCUUGUCGAUGCUGAUGGUUACUUGAGAACUGUUGACUACACUUCCGAUGCGCAUAAUGGAUUCAAUGCUGUCGUUCGUCGCGAUCCCUUGGGACACAAAGUCGUAAAGGCCAUUGCCCCAAUAGCUAAGGUUAUUGCACCAAUUGCGCAUUACCCUGCCCCAAUUGCGCACUAUGCUGCUCCCAAAUUGUUGGCUGCACCAAUUCAUGCUGCACCAGCUUUGGCUCAUGUGUCCGUACAUGCACCAUCGUAUGCUUACUCGUUUUUUGCAUUGCUUGUGAUUUUCGGUGCUGCCAGUGCCAUUGAAUUACCACUUCUUCCACAUGGACCUGGGCCACUACUAUCACAUGGACCACUGCUCUCACAUGGACCAGCUCUUAUUGCCAAGCCACUCAUCAAAACCAUUGAAGUUGAGGCUCCAGCGCACUAUGACUUCUCAUACUCAGUAAGAGACGACCAUACUGGAGACAUCAAGAGUCAGACUGAAUCCCGCAAAGGUGACGUAGUUCAUGGUCAAUAUAGUUUGGUCGAUGCCGAUGGAUAUCUCCGGACAGUUGACUACACCUCAGAUGCGCAUAAUGGUUUUAAUGCUGUCGUCCGACGUGAUCCAUUGGGACAGAAAGUUGUCAAAGCUAUUGCCCCGGUGGCUAAGAUCUUAGCUCCAAUCGCUCCGAUAGCUCAUAUUGGUGCACCAAGAUUGUUGGCUGCUCCAAUUCAUGCUGCACCAGCUUUGUCGCAUGUUUCUGUGCAUUCCCCAGGCUACGCUUAUUCGCAUUAAAAACAUGACAGACAAACCUGAAAAAGGAUCCACACAUACACACGCAUUCACACAAUGAUUCAUCUCAUAUAUACAUUAUAUAACGUACGUACCUUAGAAUGGGAGCUCAAUGCUUCAAGCUGCUUAGUGAUUUCUUUUCAAAAAGAACAUAAUCAUCAUACAUAAAUAUAAAUUGCAAAUAAUCAAAAAAAUAAAAACAUUGUAAAA